GGGGGCUGCAGAACCGGCUGAACAUGCAAGUUAUGAGUUCUGCAAUUCUCCGUUUAUCUGAGGUAAGACAUGAUGCACUUCCAUCGUCGCACUCUGUGGUCACAUGGUCAGAUGGGUGCAGUUAAAGUGUCUGCCCCCCACAGUGACCAACACAGUCCUGGCAGUCUCUGCAAUCAUCACAUGGAUCAAGCUUUUGGUUGUGAAAAUGUUUGGAGGAACUGAAACCAUGAGGAUCUUCUGCAUAACCGUUGUGUUCCUCUGUAAAUCACUGCAAUGCCUGGCAAAAGAUGAUUCUGCAUUUCAGCUCAUCAACAAGGCCUCAGGUUUCUGUUUGCCAAAACUCCAAACAGACUGUCUGGAGUUGCGUUGGACCACCAGCGAUCGGCUUCUGGUUCAUCAGAAGAACAAGUGUCUGGGAGCCCAGGGGCAAAGUGUGGGGGCUGAAGUAAUGCUCUACGACUGUGAUGAAGACAGUGAGCUUCAAAAGUGGGAAUGCAAGAACCAAACGCUGCUCGGCCUCAAGGGCAAAGACCUCUUCAUUGAGAUUAGGACAGAGAACAGCGCCGCUCUGUCUAAAACAACUGGAGCCAACAGUCACUUCACCAUUUCAGGGACUUCUGAUGGAGCUUGUGCAAGAACAUACAGAGAAAUGUUUACCAUCAGAGGAACUGGAGCUGGAAAGCCGUGCAUGUUUCCUUUCAUGUACAGAAACCAGUGGUACUCAGACUGCACUAUGACCGACCGCUCAGAGCUUUGGUGUGCGGUCCAAACCCAGUACGGUUCUGAUUCAGAACGAUGGGGGUUUUGCCCAACCAGCUCGAGACAAAGCUGGACCAAACACCCCAAAACAGGAGCGUAUUACCAGCUGAACAGAGAUGCUGCUCUGACAUGGGCAGAAGCAGAAAGCAGCUGCAAGCAGCAGAAUGCUACUUUACUGAGUCUCACGGAUCCCCACCAGGAGGCUUAUGUCACAGCAAUACUGACCUCAGGAAGGAUGGAAAAAGGCUACAAGUUCUGGAUUGGACUCACUCUGGAUUCAGAACACGGCUGGAAGUGGUCCGGUCAAAAUUCUUUCCGUUAUCUGAACUGGGACUCAGGAUAUCCACUCUCCAGCCCUGGACAUGUCUGUGGGUUCACAGAUGGAACUGCUGGCUACUCUUGGAGAAAUUCCAUUUGCAGCCAAAGGCUAGGUUACAUCUGCUACAGUCAGGGAGAUUCGGCUGUUCCAACAGAAGCUCCAGGGACGGGAUCUUGCACAGCACCGUGGAUGUCAUACAACGGCCGCUGCUACCAGCUUUAUCGCUCCAAGACAACAUGGUCAGAUGCUCAGCUAACCUGCAGGAAGGAGGGAGGGGAUCUCGUCAGCAUCCAUAACGUAGAGGAACAGAGCUUUGUCUUCUCAGAGCUCGGAUAUGCACAAACUGAUGAGCUCUGGAUUGGACUGAAUGACCGGACCACAGAGGGUCUGUUUGACUGGACUGACCACUCUGCUGUCAGAUUCACCAGCUGGGAGUUUGGGAAACCGGGAGUUCGGGCAAAUCGAGAGGACUGUGUUCUUAUCAGAGGCCAGAAAGGAAACUGGGCCGACAGCGUUUGUGAAGAGAAACAUGGCUUCAUCUGUAUGAAAAAGAGUGAGGCUUCUGGAGCAGAAAUACUGCAGGAUGAAGGCUGCCCGACGGGAUGGAAAAGAUUCGGCUCCUACUGCUACUUUGUUGGAAGUGAGACAAAAACCUUCGAUGAAGCCAGGAUUACCUGCACAAACUCACAUUCCUACCUGGUAGAUGUUUCAACAAGAGUGGAUAAUGCUUUCCUGACCAGCUUGGUGGGCCUCAGACCAGAGAAACAUUUCUGGUUGGGACUUUCAAACCAGAGAGACAUCGAUGUUUUUGUGUGGACCAACACAAGGGAGGUCAGAUUUACUCACUGGAACGCUGAAAUGCCAGGGGAUCGACAGGGCUGUGUUGCUCUGGCAACCGGGCAUCGUGCUGGUCUCUGGGAUGUUCUCCCUUGUUCCAAUAAGGAAAAGUAUAUCUGUAAACAGCUGGCAAAAGGAGCUGCUGUAACCGACCGCCCAACCACAGCUCCAACCCUGACAUGUGCAGAUGGCUGGACUAAAGUGCCAUCAAGAAACUUCUGCUCCAAGUUUUUUGGAGAGAAGAAAACAUGGUUUGAUGCCAGAGAUUACUGCACCACCCUCGGAGGAGACCUGCUCAGCCUCCACAGCAAAGACGACCUUGAACUGGGCAGUGGAAGAUAUGGCCGUGCCUGGAUUGGACUUAGUGCCCCAGACCCGGAUAAGGGUUUCGUGUGGAGUGACGGAUCUCCCGUAAACUUCCAGCACUGGGAUGACGGAGAGCCAAACAAUAAAAACAAUGUUGAAUCCUGUACCGAGUUUUUUGUUUAUCACUGGAGGGAGGCCAGGUCCUGGAAUGAUAAUCAGUGCGAAAAAUUCAACCAAUGGUUUUGUCAGAUCCCUCUGGGAGCGAGUCCGAAGCCUCCUCCUGACCGUGCUCCUCCAGAUUAUAACACAACAUCCGACGGAUGGUUGGAGUGGAAGGGGAAUCAAUAUUUUAUCAACCAAAGAUCUUUGACGAUGGAAGAGGCUCGUCACUUCUGCAGACAGGCUCAUGGGGACCUGGUGAGCAUCAACAGCUACGCCGAAAACGUCUUCCUCUGGAAACAGAUAAGCCACCAGUACGGGAACUACUGGAUCGGUCUAAAUCUGGAUUUAGAUGAAACGUUUGUAUGGAUGGAUGAGUCAGACGUGAUUUUUCAACUAUGGGAUGAGGGUCAGCCAAACAAAAUGAAUUAUGAGGAACGCUGUGCCGUCAUUACAUUGCAUGCUGGGUUCUGGCAUGACUACAACUGUGGUUAUGAGCACAAGUCCAUCUGUAAGCGCAGUGGCCAACCACACGCCAACAGCACCGUGAGGCCGACAGUGACACCAAAAGGUGGCUGUGAAUUCCCUUGGAGAAAGUUCAAUUCAAAGUGCUUCAACAUCAUCAAAGACCAGCGAGUCACAUGGUUUAAUGCACGACAAACAUGCAUGGGAAUGAAUGGUAACUUGGCCUCCAUUGCUUCAAGAGAAGAACAAGCAUUUUUAGUGGCUCAAAUGGCUGAUGCACCAACUACUGACCUGUGGAUCGGUUUUCAUAGUUUUUUUGAGGAUGGAUUUUACUGGACUAAUGGACAAAAACGAUCUUUCACUAACUUGAAGUUGCCUGAGAUUUACAAUCCUUACCCUGAUUUCAAUCCCUACGAUCAUGAAGCUUUAUUUUUUCAACCAGAUUAUUCUAUUAUGUUUAAUAAGAGGGAUAAAUGUGCUGUAAUCAAUACCAACCCUUCCCUUGGUAUUGGUAAAUGGAUUCCUUACUCCUGCAAUGACACCAACGGAUUCGUAUGCCUAAGAAAUGUUGAUCCCAAGUUCCCCGAAUCGCCUGAACCAACAACACCAACCGAUUACACCAAGAUACUCAAUGACUCCUUCAAGGUUUUCCCUCAAAAAAUGACCUGGGAUGGAGCACAGAAGUACUGUGAAGGGGAUGGUGCUAACCUGGCUAGCAUCAAGAACGAGUGGGCGCAGGCGUACGUCGAGAUGCAGGCAAUUAAACUCAAGGGACCGGUGUGGAUUGGACUCAACAAAGAGCUGACCAGCAGCUACUUUAAAUUCAUUGACGGCUGGCGGAUAUCAUUUACAAACUGGAAUGAAAAUGAGCCACGCCGCGACCAGUCCUGUGUGUACGUGGAUGUAGGUGGAACAUGGAAAACCAGCAACUGCAACCAGACCUUUGAUGCUGUUUGCAUGAAGUCCUCAGAUGUUUCACCAACACAGCCCAGUGAUUUCCCAGGAGUUUGUCCCGACGACCCAGACCCAUCUUCUAACUGUUUUUGGAUACCAUUUAGGCGUCACUGUUAUGCGUUUUUCACCAAUCUGGAAGAUUGGUCAGGAGCAUCAACCGACUGCAGUAGACGUGGUGGAAUGAUUGUUAGCAUUGAAGAUCCAGCUGAGCAGGAUUUCAUUCAAGCUGAACUGCAGACUUAUAAAGACAGAUUUUCUGCGUUUUGGUUGGGUCUGUAUAAAACAUACAGAGGGACGUGGAAGUGGGUGGACAGAACGGUCAUAGACUACGCUAACUGGGGAUAUCGCCAACCUGGGUCUAGCCCCUAUGGGGAAAUAGAUACUUCAGAUGGGAUAUGGAAAACAGGGUACUCAUGGAACAGGAGGCCAUACAUCUGCAAAACAAGAAAAAUUUUACCACCAAAACUAUCACCUUCAUCUGAUGACGUGAUGCCUCAGCCUCACCAAGACCGCGGUCACAUAACUCUGACAGUGGUGUUCAUCUGUGCAGCAGCUGCAGCCGCGGCUGUCAUUGUCAUUUACUUUUAUAGGACAUCUGGUGAUCGUCUAGCUGUCCCCCUUUCUGUACCAAACUUCAACAACCCGCUUUUCAUCAACGCUAAACAGUCAGAGUCUGAUGUGGACAUCGAUCAGCUGGUGGAGAACGCAGAAGAAGAAAAUCCUCAACUUGUAAAAAUAAAAUGAUCCAUUCAGAGA